AUGCUGAAGCAGAGGAUUUGGGAUACGUCUCGAUCUCUUGGGCCUCAUGGGGAAAUCACUCUUAACCUUUCUAACUGUGCCUUGGAAAAUAUUGAAGAAGUGCCAAAUGAUAUAAAUAUCCUUAUCUUAGACCAAAAUUAUAUCCGUCGCCUUGAAAACCUUUCCAGUGUGUGUGGUUUACAACAGCUUUCAGCGGCUAAUAACAGAAUUUUACAAAUGCAUGGAGUUGCACAUUUAGCGAAUCUGGCUAUCUUGAAUCUACCGAACAAUGGAAUCGUCUCCAUUGAUGGUUUAAGCAGACUUACUCGUUUAAGGUGGCUCAACUUGUCAGGAAAUAAAAUUAAAGUCAUUGAACAAUUAGAGAAGAAUACAAACUUGAAGCAUCUUGAUUUAUCUGAUAACUACAUUUCUGAGCUUAGCGAUUUAUCAUUCUUAGUGAAACUGAAAACACUUCUCUUACACUGCAAUCAUAUUACUACCAUUCAAAAUGCAUCAAAAGUAUUGCCGAAAUCACUUGAAAUCAUAUCUCUGGCUAGUAAUGUGAUUUCAAAUAUUUUGGAGGUGCAAGAGCUAUCGUGCCUCACUAUGCUUACGCAGUUUUCCCUAAGGAAUAAUCCUUGUGCAGAAUCAACUGCAUACGACCACAAAAUGUUUGUUUUAGGAUGGUUACCGAACCUACAUAUGUUCGAUGGUUUCAAAGUGACGAGUGAAGAUGUUGAAAAGGCGAAAUACUUCAUAUCAGGAUUGAGGUUUUCCCUUACUCUACCUUCGAGUAAAUCUUCUCAAGAGUAUGACUACACUAUACAAAAAGAUCAUGUUAAUCAGUGCCAAAUGAAAACAACCUUUCCUAAAGGGAUUGAUCACAACUUAAACGGUGUGUGCAUUGACAAUCCACAGUCAUCAUAUGCUGAGUUGUCAACCCCUGACUCAUCUACAAUAAGCCAGAACUAUUCGUCAGAUUCACUUUUAAAUCGUAUGUCAGUAACCUGUAAUGGAUCGUGUGGAAAAUCUGUGUCUACAUUUAUCCCUUUGAAUGUUUCCACCGGAAGUCGAGAAAAUCACUUUUCUCAAUCUAUCACAUCAUUAACUACUGCCGUACUAAACAACGGCAAUAAUAAUAAUAAUAACAGUAAUAUUCAUGUUCAUCAAAGGAAAUACAGCCACGGACUAGAUUCUGCAUGUAAUAAUAUGAUGAAUUGUACAGACUCAACAAUUUCAAUUCAUCCAAAAGUAGUAAACAGUUGUAAUAAUGACAAGGAUAAAAGUCAGCGUAACACUCUGACCCCGUUAUCAUCAUCAUCCCUGUCACCAUCAUCGUUAUUGCCGUCAGCGCAUUUACUAGUGAAAAACACAAAUUGUUCAUCUGAUAAAAUUGUUAAAUCUACUCAAGAAGAAGAUCAAGUACUGGCAUGUGAAAGAAAGAAAAUAGUGGGAAAGCCGUAUACUACAGAAAAACGUGAAUCGUUAAUAUUAUCACCAAAUGAUACAUUAUUGUCUUCAAGGAAUUUUAUUCCGUUAAAUAAAACUAUUCAUCGUUCACAUUCACCAACAAAUUCUUUGUAUAAUUCAAAGACCAAUGCAACCUCGAAACCCCUGAAAGAAAGUCUUAUCGAUGGUGUCCAUUUAAUAGUUGAUGAUGAUGAUGGUGAAGAAGAAGAAAUAGAAGUAUUCACGAAAGGAACUGUUCAAACAACAAAGUUUAUUCAUCCCUUGGAAGAUAAUUUACAGCUUCAACCUCAAGAAGGUAAUAUAACUCACCAAAAUGGAAGUAGUAAUGCCAACAUGAAAAAGCCAUUGAUGAACAGCAAUUAUGAUGAUAAUGCUGACGGUCAGUAUUCAAGUUCAAUACUUCGGAAAGAUUUCAAAGAUGAAAUAAGUACUCAGAUUAUCAAGUUUCCUGAAUUAUGUUCAGGUUUGAAUACAAAUCAAACGAAUAAAAAUUCACAUGAUAAUAUCAUCGCUACGAAAUCUGAAAAAUUGACACAAAUAAAUCAUGACCUAAGAUCGCCUAACGAACAUAAUAAAAUUCCUCCUGAAUUGUGUCAUUCAGUAACUCCCACAUUGAAUGGAGAGAUCAAUACUAUUAAAAAUGGCACACCACUGCCUCUUACACAAGAUGUUGGUACAUUAACCGACUGUACGCCAUCGACAUCUUCACCGUCGUCAACACAACCAUGUUGUUCAGAUUGUUGUAAACAAAAGAAGUUUUUAGAGGAGAUUUUUUUACACUUCAAUUUAUGUCUACAAGAUCAGGCUGCGCUCAUUGAACUACAAUCAAAAUAUAUGUUAUCUCUGGUAAACGAAAACAGAACUACCCGGAACAUAUCCUCCCCCAGAUUGCCAUGUUAUGAAGUCACACUUACUGUGAGAUGACUAAUUGAUAAAUACUAUUCUCUUGUCCCUUCACUCCCCCAGGCUAAAGUAGGCAAAGCCUUAUGUGAAGCCGGGACUGAAUUGUCUGAAUGUCAAGUGUUGCAGCCAGUGAAAAAUAUCUGCAAAUGACUUACUCAGUCAAACCAUAUUCGGA